CAGCUUAGCAGCAGUAACGCCAUUUUGCAAGGCUAUAUUUAAGAUGACUGGUUCAGAGAAAGGUUAGAACACUGAGUACACAGCGGCUGCCAAACAAGAUGUGUUUGGUUGAAGGCCUGGCAACAGGAGGACUGCCGUUGAGCACCUGACAAUGAAAAAAAGCCCCAGGAGAGGUCCCACACCCUGGUGGGGGGCCGAGUCAGUCGUUAUGUUCCAAGAAGGUAGCUAAAAAACUUGCCCCCGGGCUGAACCCUUGGGGGGCCGAGUCAGCCGUUAUGUUUCUGGAAGGUAGCUAGGAAACUUGCCCCCGGGCUAAACCCUUGCCAUAUUAGAAUCCACCAAUUAUAUCCCUGUAACCAUGCAUCUGCUUCUGUAUGCUUGCUUCUGCUCCCCAAAAUCCUAUAAAAGCCCAUCCUUGGUUCUGUGGGGCGCGCCAGUCCUCCGAGUGACUGAAGCGCCCGCAGGUGCCUGUGCCUGUGUAUCCCGACAAUAAACCAAAUCCUCUUGCUGAUUGCAUCCUGUGGUGUCUCGGUCUGGUCUUUGGAGUUAGAGGGUCUCCAUCCCGAGGGAAAGUUCUCCCUGAGAGCUUUUCAUUUGGUGCGUUGGCCGGGAAAGGAGAUCCUCCACCCAGGGACCACCGACCACCCACUGGGAGGUAAGCCGGCCGGCGUCUGUCUGUCUGUCUGAUUUUGUCUCGUUCUGCCUUAUUCUGUCUGUUCUGUGAGCGCUCAGCCAAGUCUGUUCUGUGAGCGCUCAGCCAGGUCUGUUCUGUGAGCGCUCAGCCAGGUCUGUUCUGUGAGUGCUCAGCCAGGUUCUGUGAGCGCUCAGCCAGGUCUGUUCUGUGAGCGCUCAGCCAGGUUGUUUGGAAUUUGGGCGGGACGAAGAAGGAGCUGACGAGCUCGGACUUCUCGCCCCGCAGCCCUGGAAGACGUUCCAAGGGUGUUAGGGGCCCGACUUUUCGGGGCCCAAUCUGGGAGAGGAGAAAGAUCCGGACUAACGGCACUCUGUCUGUAUUUUUGGCUUUCAGAGGGCCCCGGACCUUUGCCACCUCCAUCUGACUUUUUGCUUUCAGUUUGGUACCAAAGCCGUGCAGCACGCCUGUCUGUUGUUUGUUUGACUGUUGGUGUUGUUUGUUUUCUCUGUGUCCUAAUCUUCCUUAGAACUAACAUGGGACAGUCCCUAACAAUGCCCCUAAGUCUCACUCUUGAUCAUUGGGAAGACGUCCACGACCGGGCACACAACCAGUCCGUCGAGGUUAAAAAAAAAAAAGGAAAAGGGCAGACUCUCUACACAUCCGAGUGGCCCACUUUCGGAGCAGGAUGGCCAGUGAAUGACACAUUUAAUAAGAUCAUUAUUUUACAGGUUAAAGAUCGGGUCGUCCACGGACAUCCUGACCAGGUUUCUUAUAUUAUCACUUGAGAGAGUCUCGCCUUAAAACCCCCCUCCUGGGCGGAACCCUUCGUGGACCCAAAUUGGCCUCCCCUCAACCCCCAGUCUGUCCCCUCGGCCCCGCCCGGUCCGCCGGCCACGUCUUCCUCUCUCUACCUUUGUGAAAUCAGAGCCUUCUAAGAAACCUGUCCUCCCGGCAGACCCAAACUCCCCUCUCAUAGAUCUUCUCUCUGACAGGCCCGGCUAAAACGGAGGAGACAGAGCCGCCGGCCAGAUCAGUUGCCGGGCCACAGUCUGAUAAGGGUUUCUCCCCUGUCGCAGGGAGAUUGCACAAUAAGCGCGAGGUGAUGCCAGAUUCAACCUCCCAGGUUUUCCCACUUAGACAGGGAACCGGUGGCCAGACCCAAUACUGGCCGUUUUAAACAACACAACCCUUCUUUCUCCAAAGAUCCGGUGACACUCACCGACCUAAUAGAAUCUGUUUUACUUACCCACCAGCCUACUUGGGAUGACUGCCAACAGCUCUUACAGGCCCUCUUAACCUCAGAAAAAAAACAAAGAGUGUUCCUAGAGGCCAGAAAGCAUGUUCUGGGAGAUGAUGGGCGUCCCACCCAGCUGCCUGAGGACCAAACUGGGAUUUUAAUACAGCUGAAGCUUCAGGACAACUCAGCGACCGGACGGCCUGGGUACAAAGAGCUACUGGUGAGAAACAAUACCGAUGGACUACAGACCGCCGGGUUCAGCUGGCUACCGGUAAGGUGACCCAUUCCUUCUUACAUGUUCCGGACUGCCCGUACCCUCUGCUGGGCCGUGAUCUGCUCACCAAACUAAAAGCACAAAUUCAUUUUGAGGAAGGAGGGGCCCAAAUAACUGGCCCCCACGGAACUCCCCUUCAAGUUCUAACCCUAUAAACCGGGACAGGACACUGGCUUGGGCAGAGACUGGUGGGAUGGGGUUGGCGCUCCAACAGCCCCCCUUAAUUACAACUCCAGUCUCCAUAAAACAAUACCCCCUGUCACAUGAAGCUUAUCAAGGUAUAAGGCCUCACAUUACGAGGCUUCUAGAUCAAGGCAUCCUAAUCCCCUGCCGGUCGCCUUAGAAUACGCCUCUUCUGCCUGUUAAGAAACCCGGCACUGGAGAUUAUAGGCCAGUACAAGACUUGAGAAAGGUCAACAAGAGGAUAGAAGAUAUUCAUCCGACUGUUCCAAACCCUUACAAUUUGCUCAGUAACUGUUCAUUGAUGAGAAACGGGUAUGCUAAAGGGUCCUAACACAAAGGUUGGGACCCUAGAAACGCCCUGUGGCCUACCUGUCUAAGAAAUUGGACCCUGUGGCCUCCGGCUGGCCACCGUGCCUAAGGAUGGUGGCUGCUAUUGCUGUCCUGAUCAAGGAUGCUAGAAAAUUGACUUUGGGACAGCCACUCGCCAUCCUAGCACCCCACACAGUGGAGGCCUUGGUAAAGCAGCCCCCAGACCGCUGGCUCUCUAAUUCCCACAUGACCCACUACCAAGCCUUGUUACUGGAUGCAGAACAGGUUCAGUUUGGACCCGUAGUCGCCCUCAAUCCUGCCACCUUGCUUCCCCUACCAGAGGAGGCAGAACAGCAUGACUGCCUACAAAUCCUCACAGAAGUACAUAGAACCAGGCCGGACCUAUCGGACCAGCCUCUUCAGAAUGCUGACCACACAUGGUACACGGAUGACAACAGCUUCUUGGCAGAGGGAGAGCGAAAGGCUGGAGCUGCGGUCACUACGGAGGACAAAGUGAUUUGGGCGAAAGCCCUGCCUGCUGGUACCUCCGCACAACGGGCUGAACUCAUCGCCUUGACUCAGGCGUUCAAGAUGACAAAAGGUAAGAGGCUAAAUAUAUAUACAGACAGCCGUUAUGCCUUUGCCACGGCACACAUCCACGGGGAGAUCUACCGGAGGCGGGAGCUGCUCACAUCUAAGGGUAAAGAUAUUAAAAAUAAGGCUAAAAUUCUGGCCCUCUUAGAAGCCCUAUUCUUGCCCAAAAGACUGAGUAUUAUACAUUGUCCAGGACACCAGAAAGGGCACAACCCAGAGGCACGAAGAAACCGGCUGGCCGAUGCCACGGCGCGAGAAGCGGCCAUGAACAAACAAAUCUUGCCCUUAAAUAGCCCAGACCAACCCACGCCCCCACCAGUGGGACAAACUAGUUGGGUUUAUGCCCAUGAGGACAUAGAGCUCCUAGAAAAAAUGGGGGCCAUCUACCACCCUCAACUAAAACAGUGGGUCUACAGUUAUGCCAAUAAAAAUGACUUUUGAAUUGAUCUCCUUUUUACAUAAAUUAACCCAUUUGGGGUUUAAGAAGAUGAAAACCUUACUAGAUCGGGAAGAGAUAAAUCUGUGUUUUUUUGAAUCGGGACAAAGCGAUACAAAAGGUGACUGAGAGUUACAAAGCGUGCGCUCAGGUUAACCCGAAAAGGACCAUGAUUAGACAAGGAGUUCGUCCUAGGGGACACCGUCCCGACAUCCAUUGAGAAAUUGAUUUUACUAAAAUUAAACCAGAUAUAUAUGGAUACAAGUAUCUCCUAGUGUUUGUAGACACCUUCUCAGGAUGGGUCAAAGCCUUCCCCACAAAACACGAGACUACAAAAAUGGUCACCAAGAAGCUCCUCGAGAAAAUCUUUCCCAGGUAUGACAUGCCUCAAGCGUUGGGGUCAGACAACGGGCCCGCUUUCGUCUCCCAAGUAAGUCAGUUGGUGGCCAAAUUGCUGGGGAUUGAUUAAAAAUUACAUUGUGCCUAUAGACCCCAGAGUUCAGGUCAGGUAAAACACAUAAAUAAAACAAUUAAAGAGACUUUAUCCAAACUAACGCUUACAACUGGCUCAAAGGAUUGGGUGGCCCUCCUUCCCCUAGUUCUAUAUCGGGCCCGGAAUACCCCGGGCCCCCAUGGUCUAACUCCUUUUGAAAUAAUAUAUGGAGCACCACCCCCAUUUGUCCAUUUCUUUGAUUCAAACAUUGCUGAUUUUGCUGACAGCCCUUCUCUGAGGGCCCAUUUACAGGCCCUACAGAUUGUACAGAGACGUCUGGAGACCUUUGGCCGCUGCUUACCAGGACAAGCUUGAACAUCCGGUGGUGCCACACCCGUUCCAGAUUAGAGACACCGUGUGGGUGCACAGACACAAGACCAAGAAUCUCCAGCCACGGUGGAAAGGACCCUACACCGUCCUCCUGACUACCCCGACCGCCCUAAAGGUAGACGGAGUCUCGGCUUAGAUCCACACACCACACGUCAAGACAGUCCGGUCUGAGGAAUUGACUAAUAACAACACUACACCCCAGACAUGGAGAGUUCAGCGCACUCCAAACCCCUUAAAGUUAAAACUCCUACGUGGCUCCUCCUAGCCCUUUUGUGGCCUAGAGUCAGUGAGGGAAUAAGCCCCCACCAGACAGAAAUUUCUUGACCAAGUCGAGUGAAAGAUUUCACUCAAAGUUAACAAAAAAAAAAAUGGGGGAAUGAAAGACCCCAGCUUAGCAGCAGUAACGCCAUUUUGCAAGGCUAUAUUUAAGAUGACUGGUUCAGAGAAAGGUUAGAACACUGAGUACACAGCGGCUGCCAAACAAGAUGUGUUUGGUUGAAGGCCUGGCAACAGGAGGACUGCCGUUGAGCACCUGACAAUGAAAAAAAGCCCCAGGAGAGGUCCCACACCCUGGUGGGGGGCCGAGUCAGUCGUUAUGUUCCAAGAAGGUAGCUAAAAAACUUGCCCCCGGGCUGAACCCUUGGGGGGCCGAGUCAGCCGUUAUGUUUCUGGAAGGUAGCUAGGAAACUUGCCCCCGGGCUAAACCCUUGCCAUAUUAGAAUCCACCAAUUAUAUCCCUGUAACCAUGCAUCUGCUUCUGUAUGCUUGCUUCUGCUCCCCAAAAUCCUAUAAAAGCCCAUCCUUGGUUCUGUGGGGCGCGCCAGUCCUCCGAGUGACUGAAGCACCCGCAGGUGCCUGUGCCUGUGUAUCCCGACAAUAAACCAAAUCCUCUUGCUGAUUACAUCCUGUGGUGUCUCGGUCUGGUCUUUGGAGUUAGAGGGUCUCCAUCCCGAGGGAAAGUUCUCCCUGAGAGCUUUUCACUUGCAAAGACUGUUUCUGGAACUCUCUAGGCUGCAGAAUUACCAAAAUGGCAGCAGUGGGUGACUUACCUUAGUCCUGUCAGUCUGGAAAGCAAAGGCAAUGAGCGCACUGUACCUUCUCUCCUUGGGGUUCCUCUUUCCAUCCGAGCCCUGGAAUGUUGCCUUUAUCUUCAGGAUCAGAGAGAUGUUGAUGACGUAUUUCCUUUCGGAUUCCAGCAGCUCCAGAGCCACAGUCUGCCUUUUUGCUUUAAAACAAACCCAAGGCAAUGUUUUGUUAAGCAACUCCCUCCUGGAUGCUAAGCCAGGCAAGAAAGAGAUAAAACCACAUGGAAAAGCUCAAUUGGCAGUGUGUCCGUCCCCAGCAGGAAGACCUAGGCUUCAGUCCCAGCACCAGAAAACCAGGCUUGGCCAUGCAGUUAUUAUCGGAGAAUUGAAGGCAGGAGGAUCAGAAGUCCAAGGUCAUCUUCAGCUACUUAACCAGUUCCAGGCCUACCUGGGCCCCUUGAGCCAAAAACGAAAAGAAAAAGAAGAAGUGAAGUGAGGAAGUGGUAGAAGUGAGGAGAGGAAGGAGGGAGGGAGAGAAAGAAGAAAGGAGAGAAGCAGGGCAAGCAGGCAGGAGUAUUUAGAAAGAGGAAAAACAGAUUAGAGGUACGAGAUUCAUCCAGUGAACCAAAGGACACAAAAGCAUGUGUCUACAGAGAGAGACCCCACUAAGAAGCAGUAGAGGCUGAAGGACAGGAGACGGCCAGCCAGAGGCAAUGAGGUAAGUCUGAACAAACUGUGAGAGCUUUCAGAUCACACUUGCAGGCUGGGUGGCAUCGCUGUGUGAGAAAUGGGAGAAGCUGCAUGAGGGAAGCCCUAGCCUGAGCUAACGAUGAAGGCAGGGUGAGCUGAAGAAGAAGGCAGAGUCACCAUCGCCUUCAGGGCCCAAAGUGUCAGCAGCCAGGUUCAAACACUCUUGGCAGGGGACAGGCACCCUGCCACCUGCCACUCUGAACUUCCCAUGUCCGACCAGGACCCUAAGGCAUUGGCAUGAAGAGAUCACUUUACGAUAUGUAAAUUGUCUACCUAAUUAGCAUACCAAUAAUGAAGCUCACUACUGACAAGCUUGGAUAAUACAAAAUUCCAGGUUAUUUGGGGGACUUCCUUCAGUUCUUGUCUCCUUCCUUUGGGGUGCAAUCUUAGACACAUAAACAAUUAAGGAUACUGAGAUAUUUGAAUAAUAUUGCACCAUAGAAGACAGAAAAGAAAUACACAAAUGUAUGUGAAAAGCCGUCUAGGAAAGGCGAAGUCAUACACGUGAAUUUCCUGGAGACAGCCCACUGCUCUGAGAGAGCAGGGUCCAUAGAGACUUCAUCCCAGGAUUGUUUCUCGAUGCCGAUCUGACGAUUCUAUAGCCUAAUAGUCUGUGGGCAUCAGCACACACUAUUGAGCAAACUCACAGAUCAGCAUGAAGAUGAACUCUCAUGUAAUAAUUCUGUGUAGACAAAAUGAUGAUUUCAUAGUUCCUGAUUUAUGUAACUCCUAAAUGUAUACAAGUAAUCUCAAGCCCUCUGGAGGAGAAAAGCUGCAAACAGAGCUCUGUAAGUCUUCAUGUGUCACUCGAUGAUUGCACUAGGAAAACAAAUCAGGCUUGGAACAAAUUUACAAUGGAGGAAAACAUUCCUUCUAGGUUAGCUGUGAGAUCAUUAUCUGGUAACUAAAGGUGGUAAACUGGGAGCGGACAAUUUAUUGUAGGUGCAAGGACAGAAAAUACAAUCUUGACUAGUUUAUACAAAACUUUAAAAUCAUAAGACACAAGGCAGAUGAUUUUUUUCUUGACAAAACUGUGCUAAUUUGUGACAUAAAGAUUAUAGCUUUAAACUUAUAAUGAACUUAUGGAGUUAGUAACAGAUAAUAAAUGUUUAGUCAAAUAUUAGUCUUCAUGGAAAGACAUAUUAAACAAUUCUGUUGUAACUCCUUAAGUCUUACUGAUCUAAGACAUAAAUGAUUGCCUUUAACUUACUCUGAAUCUAUUGGAAUGUAGAAGUAUUUAGAAAACCAUGUAGUCAAUUAUCCUGCAGGUAGUUGUAUGAGGUAACGUUUUAGAGGAACAUUAUCAACACUGAAGUAAAGCAACAGUGCAGCUCUCCAACUUCAGCCAGAGUGUUUUCCACGAGCCUCGGUUCUCUCUUUUCCCUGUUUCACCUCUCUUUCUUCCUUUUCUUGUCUCUCUGGUUCAUGAAGAACUAACAAAGUCCAAGCCUCUGGCAAGGCCAGCAAGGGACCCUUGAGCCUUUUUUUUUCUUAAUCCCCUGCUGCUAACAGCAGGAGUUGAUUACUAGAAGCCAGCUGCUUUCCUCACAGAAGAGCAAAGAGUUGAAGAAGACAGAAGACUAGCCAAAGGUAAAGCAACUGUAGACCCUGAUCUCUGACUCCAUAUCCCUUCACUGCCUUCCCCAGGGAAACCCUGAGAUGCAUGGCAAAUCUUACAAUUACUAUUCUCGAAAAGCUGUGCAAAAUAUUCUAGCCAUUUAAACAUUACUGGGUGCUAUUUUAGAAGAAGAAACUCCUUGACAUUUUUUUUUCUUUUUUUUCGGAGCUGGGGACUGAACCCAGGGCCUUGUGCUCGCUAGGCAAGCGCUCUACCGCUGAGCUAAAUCCCCAACCCCAACUCGUUGACAUUUAAAAAGAAAUAGAAAAUUUUAAGAGUAGAUCAAGCCAAAGACAUCUCCCUUCACCCUCAGGAGAAGACAAGUGCAGAAGGGAAAUAUGCUUUGAAGAAAAAUUGGCCCAUGAAAAAAUAAAACUAGGGGACCUAACAUUAAAUCAGAAGCUUCAAAGAAAAGGAAAACUAUAGCUGAGAUAAUAUUGAGAAAUUAAUAGUGGAGGGAUGGGCACACGUAUUCCAGGACAUGUGUUACAGAAGGAGGGUCCUUUAUUUUCUGCACAAAUGAUGGAAAAGAUCACACAUCAUCUUUUUUUUUUUUUUUUUUUUUGGUUCUUUUUUUCGGAGCUGGGGACCGAACCCAGGGCCUUGCGCUUCCUAGGUAAGUGCUCUACCACUGAGCUAAAUCCCCAGCCCCGA